AUGUCCACGCCGCUCUCUAUUUAUCAUCCGGUGGGCUCGGUCGCCUCCGUCGGCGCCCGGUUCCGCGCCGCGUCGCCCGCCGCCCGCGUCCCCCGCCCCGCGGUGCCCUCCGCCACCGCCCGCGCGUCGAAGAAUGCGGAUAGCGCGGGCGCCGCGGCCGCCCGCGCGCGCCCCGGACGAGGCUCGUCCCUCCCGUCGCUCGCGCGCGGGCCGGAGCCGUCCACGUCCGGCCGCUCCCACCGGCAAAACACCGUCCGCGCGGCCGCGACCGAGGACGCGCCCGCCCAAACCUCGUCGGGCAUCCCCGACGGAAACCUCCGCAAAGACGCCUCCGCCUCUGAGUACGCCGAGCUGAAGCAGACGCUGCUCAAGACCACCGCGCUGUACGGCGCGGGACUCACGGCGUACUGCACCCUCGGGUACGGCCUCGCCAACGGCCUCAGCGCCGCGCUCGGCACCACCGGAGGCGUCGCCUACCUCCUCAUGCUGCAGCGCUACGUCGACGACCUCGAACCGAAAGAAGGGUGGGAGGACGAGCUCUACACGCGAAACCUCGUGUACGAACCCGUCACCGACGUCUUCGGCAUGAUCGGGGGCGCGUUCGGCAAGGUUGGCCAGGUGUACUCGCAGGCGCUGCUGCAGAAGAGGCUGCUGGUGCCCUGCGCGGUGGCGGUCUUCGCGUCCGCGUUCAACGCUCUCGACUUUCCGUUCGACUUCAACUACGGCCCGGUGCUUCUCGGGUUCGUGACGUACAAGGCUGCGGUGCUGUCCAUCAUGUACGGAGACGUCAAGGGGGACAUCACCCGCGCGAUCGCGGGGAGCGCGAACGGGGAGGGAGCCGAGGAGCGAUGA